AUGCAGUCCACAGUCCGCAGUCCGCAGUCCGCAACCCAAAAUCGCAUCGAGCCAAACCAUGAAGUCGAAAAGCCGAAAAGCACGGAGAAAAUAGUCAUUCCUUACUCAUUCACCCACGGGCUUUGGGGGCUUGUUGGGGUUGUCUACCGUCUGACCUUCGUCCCGUCUGCCAUUGGCCUAUCCGCCCUUCUAGAGCAUCCUACUUGGGAAAUCGGCGGAUCGACCUCCCGCGACAGCUUGAGCUUGGGGCCUUGGCUUUUUGCUGCGUUCCCUUUGGCUAUGGCUAUGGCGGGUUGGCUUCUCGGCUGGGCACGACUCCACUAG